ACAUGCCAUCCCUCUAAGUGUUUCGUCGUGCGUACAUGGAAGGCUAUGGGUCUGAUCGCGGCCCUUGGGGUUACCGUCUCUUUCCAGAGCACGAGCUACGUGCCCAGAUCCUGAAACGCUGCACAACUAAUAUCUCAAGCGACGGAAGGAGCCUUGACGCUUCUCUCCAGCCUCACGUUAGUUCAGUCAACGAGGAUAGGUAUCUAAUCAUGGAUUUACGCCUUCCAAACGGUGUCCGGAGGUUGAACUGUGUCUUCGAUGGACACGGAGGACAUGAAACGGCUGACUACCUCGUUGCCGAAUUGACCCCCAUUCUAAUGGCUGGAUUGUUGCCCACGGUGGCCAACUUGGAGGGCGUUUCAGAUGUUCUCACCAGAGCGAUUUUUGACGUGGAUGAAGCAAUAAAACGGGAAAUCUUCCGGAGGACUCAAUUAUCAGAAAUCUCUAUGUUGCUUAAGGGGACCUACAAUCUUAUUAACGCUCGUCGACCCUACAAAGAAACAUCUUUGGGUGCUAAAUCUCGGUGGUGGCUUAUGCUCGGAAGUAGACGAGACGCGAGUUCACAAUGGAAUGCAUCCAUCUUGAGCGAUAAUCACAAUGGCAACAACCCUGCUGAGGCCGAUCGCAUCAAACAGCAACACCCUGACGAACCAGAAUGCAUCUUCGACGAUAGAGUGCCCGGUAAUCUUGCUGUCACGAGAGCUGUUGGCGACCACAGCUCCAAACUGCCUCGCAUCUACACUGAGAAAAUAUUUUUGAAUGUAGAACCGGGAUUUCGUGUUUCUGCUGCGAUCGAGUCUUUCAUUCCACGAAAUCUGAGCCCACCAUACGUCUCAAAUCUUGCAAGCGUUCAUUAUGUCGACCUUCACGAGCAGUCAAGCUGCGACUGCUUUAUCUUGAUGUGUUCCGACGGGCUGAAGUGGGUGGGAAUAGUAGGCGACGUCGUGAAAGACGAUAUUCAGGAGGCAAUGCUGCGCUUGUUAAGACACGCUCUGGGCGCAGAAGACAUCGACAGAGUCUCAUGUAUGCUUAACGUAGACAUGCCUGUCCCUUACAUGGAUGAUACGACUGUCAUCUUACAAGUGCUGUAG